AGGCAGGGAGGCAGGCAGGGAGGCAGGCAGGGAAAGACCCCCCCGGGGACCGAGCAAGCACCGCCUGCCCGGAACUCGCCCAGCUCCUCGCCAUUUAUAGCGGCCGGGAGGAGCCAGGAGCCGGCCCAGCUUCCGCCACCGGUCCCCCGCCUCGGGGCGACUUUUCGGGUCGCAGCAGCAGGACAGGCGCUGGGGGCAGAUGCCCGGAGCACAUCCCAGACCUCCCCUCUCCACCGGGACCUCUCGCCUUGCCUUGAGCCUGCCCAGCAAGAGGGGCAUGUCCUGACCUCAGGCUCCUGAGAUGGCAGCUAUCGAGAGCUUCAGUGCCACCCACCCUGGCGACCCCCAGCCCGGGGACCUGAUUGAGAUCUUCCGGCCAGCUUACCAGCACUGGGCCCUCUACCUGGGGGACGGGUACAUCAUCAACGUGACACCCGUAGAUGAAGGGCCCCCAGCCACCUUCUCCAGUGCCAAGUCAGUGUUCAGCAGAAAGGCCCGGGUGAGGAUGCAGCUCCUGAAGGACGUGGUGGGCAAUGACACCUACCACAUCAACAACAAGUACGAUGGCACCUACGCUCCCCUCCCGGUGGAGGAGAUCAUCCGGCGCGCUGAGUACCUCAUUGACCAGGAGGUGUCCUACGACCUGCUUGGCAACAACUGUGAGCACUUCGUGACGCUGCUCCGCUAUGGCGAGGGGGUCUCUGACCAGGCCAAACGAGCCAUCGGUGCCAUUGGGUUUGUAACAGCUGCUGCUGGUGCCUUCUCCUUGCUGGGCUUGCUCCGGAGCAGAUCCAGAGAGAGACAGUACUGACGGGCUGCCGGGAUGAGCUCGGAGCAGGACAGGGAGGCCCCAGCCAGGAGGGACCCAGGACAGUUUUUGGCCACAGCUGCCACCGAGACUUACUAACAAACAACUGUGUCGCCCUUGCUGAGAGCAGCACUAGCCUGUUUGCUACAUCUGCUUUUAUUUCAUUGCCUGUGAUGAUUUUUGUGGUAGUCUGGGAGCACUUGGAAGCAAAUUCUCCAUCCUCACACCCCUGCUGCUCUGCUGAGGGCUGGCGCAGGCUUUCUGCACGCAUCGUGGCUUUUAUCAGCUACAUCCUGUGGGCUCUUUCUGUGAAUAACCUAUUUUAACCUGCUUGAAGAAACGUUUUUACUUCUACAUUACUUUUGUUUAAAAAAAAAAAAAAGGUAUUGCUGAGGGUUUACUCUGUGUUCUCCAACUAGGAGGAGCCUGUGCAAGUGGAAAACCCUGGGAAGGGCAGACAAGGCAUGUGCUGUGUCCCAGAGCCUGUGCCGUGCGAGGGCAGGAGGCAGGAAGGAAGGGCAGGUCUUACAGGCAGUAUUCCUCAGUGUUUUUGGCAUGACAAUGUUUUGCUCAGUUUUUUCCUGCCUGCAAAGCACCCCUUUCCCUGGCUCCUCUGACUCCCUUUGGGAGCAGCAGGCCCCCAGUCUGCGGGGGGGGCGGGGCAUGGUUUGACAAAAACCCAGCUAGCUUUUCCUCUGGCAGCAGUUUGUUCCAGGUUGGGACUGCUGUGCAACUGAAAUUUCCCUCUUCAUCCUGGUAAGUGCAGUGAUUAUUGGUAUUGGACCUGACCAAGCUUACUAGAUGAUCUUUAAGGUCCUUUCCAACCCCAACCAUCUUAUGAUUCUACUCCUUGGGCUGCCAAAGGACUGAGGUUUAAAGAAAGACCACCAUGGGUUGUGAGGGCAGCCAGGAGCCUUUGUCCCCCCGCAGCUGGGGUGAUGGUUCAGGCGCCAGAAGUUGAGUUUAAUCAGUUUGUAGCCCCAGCACAAGAUUGAUCUUCCUCCAGCCAUCGGAAAGGCAAAGCCGGGGGGUCUCUGCCUGGAGAAUGAGCUGUGCAGCACCUAUGCCCUGUCUCCAAAUCCACGGAGCCCCGCUCUUUCCUUGUCACAAAGCUGACACAUGCCUUGUCUUAAAAGAAAACUGUUUUGGAAAAGUGUGGUUUAUUACUCUCUACCAGGAAUAUCUGGCUUGCACGUUUGGAAUUGCAUGUAAGAAAUGAAAUCCUGUGUUGCUUUCUGCAACUGCCUGGACUGUAAGAAGAGAUGAGAGCAAAAGAGUUGUCUGUAAGAGGCUUGCUAUUUUUGUCUGCUCUUAACAUGUACAUAACGGGAUCAGAAGCUUUUUUUAAACAGCAGUUGUUUCAACGUUUGAAAUAACAAAGCCCAGACUUCUGGUCGUAAUCUGUUGCUACAUUUGAAUAUAUUUCUUCUUUUUUUAACAUGGGGAAACAUAUUAUAAUAAAACAGAACCUGAAAGCUU